UCCACCACCAAGUACUUCGAUUUCUACGAGCAAGCCUUUAUCAACCAUAUGCUAGGCUAGCAGGACCCUUCGACAGCCCGUAGUCACAUCACAUACUUCACCUCGCGCAAUCCGGGAGAUAAAUGCGGCGUAGGGCCAGCAUGGGGCGGAAGUACGUGGAGUACCAACUACGAUACUCAUUGGUGCUGCCAGGGUACUGAUAUUGAGAUCAACACCAAGAUGCAGGACUCUGUAUACUUCCGCGACGCACGACACUAUAUGGUCUGUUUACAUAACGUAUCUGUCGUUCAGACAGAGGUAGAAAGGGCUUGUUGGGAAGGGAAAGAGCACUGCGCCAACACACGUGGCACACAUGACCUCUAUACUCCAUUAACCGUCACACUAUACGUCAGUCUUUUCAUUCCUUCUUGGACUAAGGGCGCCUCGAUCGCCGUCAACGGGGCAACACAAGUAAUCACAGCAACCCAGGCACGUACGCAAACCUCUCAUGUACUUGGAAGUCCGGCAACUAUGGUACAAGCACACUCUCAGCGAACCCUCAUGCUUAAUCUCGGCUCGGUGAAGCAGAUGGGCACUGCAGGACUUUCCUCCAAAGGUACUGCAGAUAGUAAAUCAGUCAAUAUUAGUCCUUUUAACGCCGCUCAAGGCUUCAACUACGUCGUAUACUGGGUGACAAGUGGAUCUCUUCCAAGUUGAAUAAUCAGUACGCCCGAUAGGCUAAAGAAUUGGUUGGGAAGUCGUUGGCAAGACCGGCGUGCUGCGCAUAUCACUCACUUUGCCGAACAAGGUC